AUGAAACGAAACGGGUUUGACCAAGUCGCGCAUGCGCGGUACCUGGCGACCGUGGCCGAACGCAUCCAGAGCAGCGUUGACCCUCGUUCAAUUUACUCUUACCGCAAGCACAAGUAUAACUUGCAUCGGAAUAACCAAACAGCCACCAUCGAGCGAUCCCCGGACCCCAAUCAAAGUCCUCCACCUGAUACAGUCAAUGCUUGUACUCCAUCAUCCUCUGACUAUGCUCACCCAGAAGGCGAAGACGAUAUCACAUCCACGAAUGAUGUUGUUGUGUCCAAGUACAACCACGACUCGGUUGAUCCAGCGCUACAGGCUCGACAUGCCUACCUCAUGCAACUCAUUUUUCCAGCCUUGCGCAAUAUCAAGGCUGUGUCCGUACAUCCUGUGGCCACCCGAGCAGCCGACGCACUUCAGCAAGCUCAGCCCUGCGCCCGAGAUGGUGCGUCCCUAACCACAUGUGGCGACAUGCUUGUGCUGUUUGGGGGAUGCUACACCAGCGAUCCAUCGCUCCUCCACCCCCGCACACUGGUGCCGCCACGCCAGACCGCCAAAAGCACCGUGUUUUACUCAAAUCACGUGUUUUCGUACAUGCCAGAAUCCAAGCUGUGGGACGCCCCCCACGUUAGUGGUCCUUGCCCCAAGGGUCGCGCCGACCACUCGGCGGUGUAUGUCCCAGCAACGUCCUCCCUAGUCGUCUUCGGGGGACGAGGAAAGCACUCGGUGGUGUUCCAAGACGUGUUUUGCUUGCAUGUGGCUAGCUGGACCUGGUCGCAGGUCAAAAGCGACGCUAACGACGUAGUGCCCCCGCCGCGCUUCUGGCAUUGUGCGGCGUUCGACACCGAAUCCAACGCCAUGUAUGUGUUUGGAGGCAAAGACCUGUACUCUGUCUACGGAGACAUGCAGUACUGGCAUCACAAAUAUCGCAGCUGGGGGGCAAUCACGGCGCUGGGUCAGCCCCCGUCGCCGCGAUUUGGGGCCGCUUUGCACUGGCUCGGGCCUGGCCGAAUCGCAGUCUUGGGGGGAUGGGAAGCUCGCAGCGUCCCCCUUCGCGGAGACGCCUCAAGGUGGUUAGAUAUGUUUGUGCUGGAUGUGGUGGCGGGCAUCUGGUCGCGGCCUCACCUGUCCGCCCACUUUCUCGGUCGCAGCAUCCCCACCGAGAGGAUGCUACCUGCUACCUUCUUACUCGAUCCUACCACGCUUGUCGUAUUUGGGGGCUACACGUAUGGCCCAGACACUGGACUAUGUGAGCGUCCGUGGUACGAGCUGGAGCCACCGCCCCGGACGACGGCGUUGCCCUCUCCCUCCCGCCUCUUGCACGGUAUGAAGUUGGAGCCUGUGAACGACGAGGCCAUCUACACCCUCAAGCUGGACGUGAUGGUGUGGAGGAGACAGAAACAGACAACCCCCCUCCCCACGUCCGUCGCAUGUGGAGCUGGCGCUGUGUGGCGGGGCCAAGGCGUGCUGGUGGCAAUUUCCCAACAAGUGCAAACUCCGAUGGAAGUCGUGGUAGUUGUCGCCGAUUUCCCAGCAGCGACAUAACAAGCCGUAGUGUUAAACGAAGUGCAGUCAUUAGUCC